AUGGAACAGAGAAAUUACAGCAGGGUGAAUGAAUUUGUUUUUGAAGGACUAACCCAGUCCCAAGAGUUGAGUUUGGUCUUGUUUGUUUUCUUGUUCUUGGUGUACACAGCAACUGUGCUGGGGAACCUCCUCAUCAUGGUCACAGUGACCUGGAAAUCCUGCCUCCACACACCCAUGUACUUCCUGCUUCGCAACCUCUCUGUCUUAGACAUCUGUUUCUCCUCCAUCACUGUUCCAAAAGUCCUAGUGGACCUCCUUUCAAUAAGAAAGACCAUCUCCUUCAACGGCUGCUUCACUCAGAUGUUUUUCUUCCACCUGCUUGGUGGGGCAGACAUCUUUUCUCUCUCUGUGAUGGCAUUUGAUCAUAACAUGGCCAUCUCCAAGCCCCUGCACUAUGUGACCAUCAUGAGUAAGGGGCGGUGCACCGCCCUCAUCAUGGCCUCCUGCAUGGGGGGCUUUGUUCACUCCAUUGUGCAGCUCUCCCUCUUGCUCCCACUUCCUUUCUGUGGACCCAAUGUUGUUGAUGGUUUCUAUUGUGAUGUCCCACAGGUUCUCAAACUCGCCUGUACCAACACCUUUGCUCUUGAGGUCUUAAUGAUUUCUAACAAUGGUUUGAUCUCUACCCUGUGGUUUGCCUUCCUGCUGGUGUCCUACACAGUCAUCAUGACAAUGCUGAGGUCACACAUAGGAGAAGGCAGGAGGAAAGCCAUUUCCACCUGCACCUCCCACAUCACUGUGGUCACCCUGCACUUUGUGCCCUGCAUGUAUGUCUGUGCCCGACCAUUCACUGCCCUCCCCAUGGACAGAGCUGUCUCCAUCACCUUCACUGUCAUCAUCCCUGUUCUAAACCCAAUGAUCUAUACCCUUCUGAACCAGGAGAUGAAGUCAGCCAUGAAGAAACUCAGGAAAAGACUCUGA